AGGAGGCGGGGGGCGCGGGGGAGUCCUCGGGGGAAGCCACCGUGGAGGCGCUCGGCAGCUGCUGCUCCGGGAAGGCCUCUGCAGCAGACCCGGAGCCGGAGUCCUCCGCCGCCAGGCCCGGGGCCUCCAAACUCUUCCCCUCCGACAUCCUCCACUCGCCGCAGCAGCAGCAGCUACGCGCUGCAGCAGCAGCAGCUUCUCGCUGCAGCAGCAGCAGCUACGCGCUGCAGCAGCAGCGCAGCAGCAGCCGCGAUCGCCGCCGCCCUGGGGCCUCUGAGGGGCCUCCUGCGCUCUUCGGACUCCGCCCGCCACGGACUUCACGGGAAUUCCCAACUGGGAAGCUUUGGCCGCUGCGCUGCGCCCGUGCGAAGCCGCGGAGCGACUGA